AGGCAAGUGAGCUAAUAAUACUAUAGCUUUGAUACCUAGCUGAUCUCCAUUAGUGGCCAUGGCUUCUACACUUCUUCAAGCUUCCUCUUUCUGCUUCAUCUUUGCUCUCUUUACUAUAUUCUCUCUCCUAGAUUACUGUUCUUGCUUUAAUCCAAAAGUACUCUCAAGUUAUAAUACAUCUAAGACUGAGUCUGAUUGGUCACCUGCUGGAGCAACUUGGUAUGGAAGUCCAACUGGUCCUGGAAGUGAUGGUGGUGCUUGUGGGUAUGGAACCUCUGUAGAGCAAUCUCCUUUUUCUUCCUUGGUAUCAGCUGGAGGCUCUUCUCUAUAUAAAUCAGGCAAAGGUUGUGGGACUUGCUACCAGGUUAAAUGCACAGAGAAUGGUGCAUGUUCAGGGAAUCCGGUGACCGUCGUGGUUACCGAUGAGUGCCCGGGUUGUGUAUCAGAGUCAGUUCACUUUGAUAUGAGUGGGACUUCAUUUGGAGCCAUGGCGAAGUCUGGCCAAGCUAGUCAACUACGCAAAGCUGGAAAAUUGCAGAUUCAAUAUCAAAGAGUGGAGUGCAACUAUGGAGGAGUAAAGCUUGCCUUCCAUGUUGAUUCUGGGUCCAACUCCGAGUACUUUGCGGCGGUGAUAGAAUUCGAGGACGGCGAUGGUGAUCUCAGUGGUGUAGAUCUCAGGCAAGCUCUGGACUCAGAUACAUGGCUCUGCAUGCAGGAGUCGUGGGGUGCAGUGUGGAAGCUUAACUAUGGCUCUGAAUUGCAAGCUCCUUUCUCUCUCAGGUUGACUUCGCUUGAAUCCGGCAAGACACUUGUGGUAAACAACGCCAUUCCGGCAGGGUGGAAGGCUGGUACUACUUAUCGAUCGGUUGUCAAUUAUGAAGACUAACUGAUGAUCAGUUUUAUCUAAAGGUCUUUAUUAGUCUAUGUUUUCUAAGUCUAUUAUUGUUGAU